CAGCGAGCCCCGCCCCCUGUGUGUUAGCAUCAUGGAUGUAACAUGGUGUGCUAUAAUUCAGAUAACAUCGAAACAGCAGUCAGGCUUCCAGGGAUACUGAACCACGAUUUAACAUCUUACUAGAUGAUAAAAUAGGAGGUGAACCUGAAGAUGAGGCGUCUGUCACGUAAGAAAGCCUUGAGCUUGGUGAAGGAGCUGGACGCCUUCCCCAAAGUGUCAGAGAGUUAUGUUGAGACCUCAGCAUCAGGAGGAACAGUGUCCCUGAUAGCUUUUUGUGCCAUGGCACUUCUGGCUAUCUUAGAGUUCUUUGUUUAUAGAGACACUUGGAUGAAGUAUGAAUAUGAAGUUGACAAGGACUUUUCCAGUAAAUUGAGAAUAAACAUUGACAUCACAGUUGCCAUGAAAUGCCAGCAUGUUGGAGCAGAUAUUCUGGACUUGGCUGAGACCAUGAUCACAUCCAGCGGCCUUCAGUACGAGCCUGUUAUUUUUGAACUGUCCCCACAACAGAGACUGUGGCAAAGGACGUUGACUCUCGUACAGAACAGGAUGAGAGAUGAACAUGCUCUUCAGGAAAUCCUUUACAAAACCCUCCUCAAAGGAGGUCCCACUGCCCUGCCGCCACGGGAGGAUGCCUCAAUGGAGCCGCUUAAUGCUUGCAGGAUACGUGGGCAUGUCUAUGUUAACAAGGUGGCAGGAAACCUACACAUCACUGUGGGAAAGCCCAUUCACCAUCCUCAGGGCCAUGCCCACAUUGCAGCUUUUGUGAGCCACGAGACGUACAAUUUCUCCCAUCGAAUAGACCAUUUAUCUUUUGGGGAGGAGAUACCAGGCAUCAUCAAUCCUCUGGACGGCACCGAGAAAAUCACCUAUAACAAUAAUCAGAUGUUCCAGUAUUUCAUCACAGUGGUUCCAACCAGACUGAACACGUACAAGAUAUCUGCAGACACACACCAGUUCUCUGUGACUGAGCGGGAGCGGGUGAUAAACCACGCAGCGGGCAGUCACGGCGUUUCCGGCAUCUUUGUGAAGUACGACACCAGCUCUCUGAUGGUGACGGUCAGCGAGCAGCAUAUGCCACUGUGGCAGUUCCUGGUGCGACUGUGUGGCAUUAUCGGGGGAAUAUUCUCCACGACAGGCAUGCUCCAUGGGUUUGUUGGCUUCUGUUUUGAUGUGAUCUGCUGUCGUUUCAAACUCGGAGGCCAUCGGCCCAGAGAAGAUGUGCAGAUACACAACCAGAUGAACAAUUUAAACAAUCACCAGACUCCUUUGCUGGCGGACAAUGUCCCUCAGGAGUAGCUGUUUUUCCAGUGACAAACUGCCGAGUCUGCGUUUCUCAUCCUAGUACGAGGGAAGGCUUCACCGUCAGAGGAUAUCCUUUGUUAUUUAAUGUUGUUCAGUUUGUAAAAAAGAAAAAAAAAAAAACUGUUACACAAUACAAUAAACAAUGCGCUGUUAAUUUGAAAAGAUAGUUCACCAAGUUCACAUCAGAUCAUUGCCCCCUUAGGAAAUUGUGUGCCCUGUGCAGUCGUACAUGCAUUUUUAAACACUUCCUUUUGACCAUCUGCGAUGGAGUUUGUUUCUUUAGAAUUGUUGUAGGCUCUCAGUUCCAUUUGAUGUAAUGGCACAUAAUAAAUUUGAUUGUUUGGUUUUCAUUCCAACUACAUUAAAGUUUCAAUAUACACAUCAAU